AUGCAUAGCCCAGUCAUGAUCUGCUUUGUUUUAGGGUGUUUAUUACGGUUCUCCCAAGUGAGAGGUGAGGAAGGCUGUCUCAACACUGAACUCUGUUCAGGUACAGAGUGGGACCGUUUGUGGUAUAUCUGGCUGGUGGUGGUGAUCGGUGGGCUGUUGCUCCUGUGUGGCCUGGUUUCCGUCUGCGUGAGAUGCUGUUUUCAUUGCCGUCAGACAGGGGAGGAAUCAGGUCCUCAGCCCUACCAGGUCACCGUUAUCGCUUUUGAUCAUGACAACACCCUCCAGAGCACCAUUACCUCUCUCCAUUCUGUGUUUGGGCCUGCUGCCAGGAGGAUAUUAGCAGUGGCACGCUCCCAUAAUACUGCGCAGGGAACGCCACCCCUCUCAGCAUCAGACACUCCUCCAGUCUAUGAAGAAGCUCUGCACAUGAGCAGAUUCACAGUUGCCAAGACAGGGCAGAAAGUGCCAGACCUGGAUCCAGUGCCGGAGGAAAAACUGCAUACAUCUGCUGAGGGCAAGGAUGCCCAUCCAACCCUCCCAGGACACUAG